AUGGCCGCGGCAACAGAAAACACCCCCCAGCAGUUGAGCGAUGCUCUUGUCGCCUUUGCACUCGAAGGCCGCUUUCCUGAUGAUAUCUCCGUCCUCCCUCCUGUUUCCGAAACCGACCUACAACCUGCGAUCCAGGCUCUAGCAGAAGCCAACCAAGGGCUGGAGGCCGAGCUACACACCAUCAAUCAAGAGACAAAACAAGAUGUUGAUUCAUGGGUACGGAAUUCAAAGACCUUGCAGGAGGACAUUUUCCGCUCAAAAGCAAUGGCCAACGAGAUUGAACGACAAUCUGAGGCUCCCGAUGUCUCUGGGGAAGCUGUGGAAGACGCAGAAGAGAAGGCAGAGUUUCUAAAUCGUGAAGUUCAGUACAGUCAACAGCUUCAUGGCGUGUUGCAAAGUAUCAAGGGCGUUCAUCGGCUCUUAAGUGAAGUGGAGACUGCUAAAAAUGAACGUCGCAUCAUAGAUUCUUUGCGACUUCUUGAGAAAUCGUGGGAAGCGAUUGAUCAAAUAGGUGUCAGCAAGUCUUGUCGAGUGAUGAAGCUUUUAGAUCUGCGGAGUUUCGAGCUAAAAUCCGCCAUCCAUGAGGUUUUCAAUCAUAUUUGGAAGACACUAAUUCAUGCCGAUAUUGAGACUCGCCAAUUUGCUGUGUACGACGCUGUCAAGGACGAGCAAGUGAGUCUCGCUGACGCUGUAAUUGGUCUUCAAGCCUAUAAAGAGGUUGAUGAGCGUAUGGAACAGCUAUGGCGAAAUGUAGAUGCUGCAAUCAUAUCUCCUCGCAUGGAUAUUAGGAACGACGUUUUUCCCUCGAUACAAGCCGAUGAGGAUGUUCUUAAACUAUCUGGCGAAGCGUCAAGAUCAGUCGACGCUCUACUUGCUGACUUGGAAACAACAUUCGCUUUCCUCGCUCGAAAACUGCCAUCUACUCUUCUACCGCCACUUGGCAACUUCAUGAUGGCCGACGUGAUACCCAAACUGAUUGGAGAGUGGCUGGUUCCAGCUGUACCCUCGUCGCUCAAGGAGAUGGACAACUUCCAAGUCAUGAUCAAAAGGGCCCAGGAGUUCUGUCAAUCACUCACUGAUAAUGGAUAUACCGGUUUUGCGGAUCUGCAGAAUUGGGUUGAUAAUGCACCAUCAAUAUGGCUAGGGAAAUGUCGAGAGACAACUCUCGAUUCUGUUCGAUCCAAGCUACUUGACGGGAUUGGCGAGUCCAAGCAGGUCGAAAAGGUCGAGAAGCAGAUGGUAUCUAUCGCAGAAGGCAAAAAGAUCACCAAAACACCGGGAGGGGCUGGCGCAACUGCCGAAACCGCUGAUUGGGGUGCCGAUUGGGGCGAUGCAUGGGACGAAGACAACGAGCAGCCCAAAGACGAGAGCAAGCCUACGACGAAGGAGCCAGACUCUACCAAAGCCGAUGAAGAUGAUGGCGCAGAUGCGUGGGGUUGGGACGAGGAAGACACCACUGCUGAAGCUCAAAACACUAAACAAACUACCGAGAAGAACGAUGAGGAUGACAGUGCUGCUGCUUGGGGCUGGGGUGAUGAAGACACUGCUCAAGCACCAGAGCAAGUCCCGGCAACAAGAAGCAAGAUUCCACAGGCUCAAGAAGAAACUCGAGAGCUUGUUUUGAAGGAAAUUUACAGCGUUUCAUCUAUGCCCGAGCCCGUUCUCGACCUUAUCUACGCUAUUCUGGAGGACGGUGCUGCAUUGACAAGGGACGAUGUUGAGUAUGCGCCAGUUGCAGCCACAGCCCCUGGACUCUUCGGUUUACCCACGUUCGCCCUGGCAUUGUUCAGGGCCAUCUCGCCAUACUACUACUCUCUUAGCGAAGGGGGUAACAUGUUCUUAUACAACGACGCCAUGUAUCUAGCAGAGCGACUCUCUGAGUUUGCUGAUGCUUGGAAGAAGCGCGAAGACCUGACCCCCAGAGCCCGGAACAUGUUGCGACUUGACAACGACAUCAAGAGCCUACAGAGCUUUGCCAAUCGCAGUUACGCCAACGAGAUGAACAUCCAGAAAACUAUCCUCCGUGAUUUUCUCGGUGGAGCUCAAAGUCUGAUGCAGCAGGAUGAAAUGGAGUCUUGCGUAGAGUUAGCUACGGGGCGCAUUCGCGCGAUGGCUUCUGUCUGGAAAUCCAUCCUGGCUCGUUCGGUUUGGACACAGGCUUUAGGUUCUCUGGCUGAUGCUGUCGCAACCAAGCUAAUCACAGAUGUGCUUGAGAUGUCAUCUAUUGGCCAGGAUGAGGCCUACAAUAUCGCAAAGGUCAUCGCUGCUGCGACAGAGCUUGAUGACCUCUUCUUGCCUAGCGUUUUGACAGGUACUGCAAGUGCAGAGGGUGAGGUUCCCCAGACAGCUCAGUACGCACCCAGCUGGCUUCGUCUUAAGUAUUUGAGCGAAGUACUUCAAAGUAAUCUUAAUGAGGUGCGCUAUCUAUGGUUUGAGAGCGAGUUGAGCCUUUACUUUACUGCUUCAGAAGUCAUUGACCUCAUCGAGGCUAGCUUUGAAGCGAACCCGCGAACGAGGGAUACGAUUCGGGAGAUUCAGUCCAAGCCUGCUCCCGUAGCUGAGCGGUAA